AUGCGCCCUAGUGGCGCGGCUCAUACAAAUUACACCUCUCUUCGAUGUUCAAGCGUUCUCCUCCAUUACUUCAAGACGCCAUGCUCACCACCUCGCCACUCAUAUUCAUCCCAACUCACACUCGCCAUACCGCAUCCCCACCACAUCAUGUACUCACCACGUCGCACAUUCACCGCUCCACUACAACAAGUCCACAUUCUUCAAGCCGACCGGCGAUGCAGCUAUGGUCUAUGA